AGAGAGAAAGAGAGAGAGGAAAAGAAAAGGAGGGAGGGGCCUGGGAGUUACAAGAAAGAAGCAAAGAGAGUUUUUGAAACGUGGAAACGUGGGAGACGAUAUAACCUAAGUAACGCCACAGUCUCAAAUUAAUUCUUGCUAUUUUGCCUUGCUUUGCUUUAGCAAGCGCCGACGAUGAACUUCGACUCGGGCACCGCCUAUGCAGAAUCCGACGCCGACGAUGAGUACGAGAGGAGCGUCCAUACUAGUUCACCCGUCCUCGCCACCGAUUCUGAGAUCUCCCCGACCGAUUCCGAUGGCCGAUCCUCUACCGAGCACACGCCUACUACCUACGGACAACCCAGUAGCGCCAACAGGUUGCCCGAAACUAUAAUAUCCGAAUGGGACGCGGAGGAGUGUGCCGAUUUCAUUGCUAGUAUAGGAUUACAACAGUACUCAGAUCGAUUUAUUGAGAAUGAGAUUGUGGGCGAGGCCUUGGUGGCUCUGCUACACGAUGACCUCAAAGCUAUGGGAGUGGCCAGCGUCGGCCACCGGUUAACAAUACUUAAGAGCGUCUAUGAUGUAAAAAAGGCACAGGAUGUUCCUAUAGAGAGCGACCACUAUGUACCACUCUCUGCCGAUGCCGAAGCCCAAUACGCUACCGCAACCCUUAAAGACAUCAAAAACCUGGUCGAGCAGCUACGACUUCGAGACGAAAGGAUGAGCUUCCUGGAGCAGGACUUGCGACGGAUGACGGAGGAUUUCAGACGGCUACGCGAAGAUAUGCUGCCAGCCUUGCGCCUUGCUAAAGAUGCGCAGCAGCCUUUACCACAUGUAUCAAACAAUCAAGGAGGCUACGGCUACGAGGCUUCUACGGUUUCUCCUCCCGCUCCUACCUCUGCGUCGAAUCAAUCGACCGGUGGCAUCAAACGUCAAUAUUCCACUAAGAAGAUUGUUCUUGGUACGAACCCCAAGAGCGUAUCCCCUACUCACUUACAGACCACUCACGAGCGGCCCUCUGUAGAACAAACUUUGGACCCUGCGGGUGCCGCCGAGAGGGCCGUUAUGUCAUCAUCACUUCUGACUGCGAUGAAUGGUUCCGGUCAGGCUACGUCACCCGGCUAUUCUCCGAAUAUACCCUCGCCCACCUCACCUCCAAAUUUAGGCAGCGCCACCCUCGGCUCCCGGUCAUACCGCUCUGACGACCGGCAAACGCCAUCUAACCGCACAACUUUCUCGGAAAGUGAAUACGGACAUAAUCCUAAGCAACCCAUCGCGCCGCGGCGAGGGCAGACACCAGUACCCGAGACUCCAGGCUCGAAUUCUUCGGUGGAGAUCUUCAAAUCGUUUAGGGUCAGUAUGGACGAUCCUUGCUACAAGGUCCUACCGGCUGCUCUGAAGAAAUAUCAAAUCAACGCACCAUGGGACCAAUACGCGCUGUAUAUUGUGUAUGGUGACCAAGAACGUUGCUUGGGUCUGCACGAGAAGCCAUUGAUCCUUUUUAAGCAAUUGGACAAGGAAGGAAAGAAACCCAUGUUCAUGUUACGGAAAACCAAUACUGCACAAGCGGACGCCGAAACACCUGGGAGCGCUGGUCUGAAUACGGGAGACUUAACGGGAGUUCAGUAUAAUCCUCCCGGCGGGAUCAUAUGAUCGAUCCUAAGACAAGUUAACAGGGCAAAGCGUCCCUAAUAUAUGAAAGCCAUAAUCCAAGAACUGUUACAGGUAGCAAAAAACGGGCGUGGCCAUGUACCGAUAUUUACUCUGGCACAAGCGCGCAUUGCUAUUCCUCUAUUGCUUACCAGGCGAGCGUAUAUGUCUAUUGCUACGAAGCGGGUGUUUAUCGAGUCU